AUGUUCGACCGACAUCUAUUGACGAUCAAUAAUCACAAGGGUUUGUUCCGUUACAAGAGAAUGAAUUAUGGUAUAGCCUUAGCUCCGGCAGUGUGGCAGAGAGCCAUUGAACAAGUUUUAUCAGGCAUCGCGGGGGUACACGUAUUUUUAGACGAUAUUACGGGUAGACAGCAUUUUGAAAGGUUAGAAUUAGUACUACAGAGACUAGAAGAAUAUGGUCUCAGAGUAAAUAAGCGGAAAAGUGAUUUUUUUAAGAAAUCUGUGAAUUAUUGUGGUCAUACAAUUGAUAAAUUCGGCCUCCACAAAACACAAGAAAAAAUCGAUGCAAUUACGAAGGUACCAGUUCCAAAAACUGUAUCUGAUUUGAAGAGUUUUUUGGGUUUAGUUAAUUACUACGGAAAAUUUAUUCCCAACUUAUCUACUCGUGUCGCUCCUUUCAAUAAUUUACUGCAGAAAGACCGAAUUUUAUGCCAUUAUGAUCCUAAGUUACCUCUUGUAUUACAAACUGAUGCAUCACCAGUUGGAAUAGGAGCAGUUUUAAGUCACAUUAUGCCAGAUGGUUCGGAAAAACCAGCCAUGUUUGCAUCAAGGUCAUUGACUAAAACGGAACCAUUCAGUUAUACAAUCAAGUAUCGAAACACAAAGAAUCAUGGCAAUGCCGAUGCACUUUCACGGUUACCACUAGCAGUUGACAAGGACUGUGAGUACUUGACUGAAGCAGACGUGACAAAUAUUUCGCAAGUUGAAUUAAUGCCUGUUACAGCAACUGACAUAGCUAGAGCUACUAAAACUGAUAGGAAAUUGUUCGAACUAUAUGAAGGUUUAAAAUCUGGAACUGAAUUACCUGUGCCUUUUAAAGGUAGAGAAUCUGAAUUUUCAUUGCAAAAUGGUUGCAUAAUGUAUGGUCAUAGAGUAUGCAUUCCUGAAAAGUACGAGAAUCAAGUUUUGGAAGAACUUCAUGUUGGACAUCCUGGAAUUGUCAAAAUGAAGGCCUUAGCUAGAAGCUACUGCUAUUGGCAAGGUAUUGAUGCCAGUAUAGCCAAUUUUGUUCAGAACUGUUCAGCUUGUAUCGCAACGAGGAACGAACCAGCAAGGAUAAAUCGACAUCCAUGGGAAUGGCCAAAUGGACCUUGGCAAAGGAUACACGUUGACUACGCUGGUCCUUUUAUGGGGAAAAUGUUUUUUGUAGUCUCUGAUGCAUAUUCGAAGUGGAUAGAAGUCAUUCCGAUGAAAAAUAUUACAGCUAGUUUUACAAUUCAUCAUCUUCGUAUUCUUUUUGCUCAUUAUGGAAUUCCCUUAACUUUGGUUAGUGAUAACGGCACAAGUUUUACUAGUUACGAAUUUAGACAUUUUUUGAAACUGAAUAAUAUUAAACAUAUAACUUCAGCACCUUACCAUCCUGCUUCGAACGGACAGGCAGAAAGAAUAGUGCAGUUGUUCAAAGCUUCGUUGAAAUCGAGUAGAGGUGAUUCUGGAGAUCUAAAUGUGAAAUUACAAAGAUUUUUAUUACAGUAUAGAAUAACUCCACAUUCCCUCACGGAAGAAACUCCGAGUGCCUUGUUUUUGAAGAGAUGUAUUCGCACUAGGCUUGAUCUUUUUAAACCAAAUUUGAGAGACAAAGUUGUUCAGAAACAGAGUUCGAGACUGGACACAGAAUCUAUCUUGCGUGAGUUUCAGGAAGGGGAGAAAGUAGCCGUAAGAAAUUAUUCCGGACCUAACAAAUGGAAAAUUGGAACAAUUAUAAACCGAGAUGGAACUUUGAGUUAUAGCAUACAAGUUGGAAAUGAAAUUUGGAAGAGACACGUAGAUCAAAUAAGGAAAUAUGAGCCAGUAUCCGAUGAUGUUGCUGAAUCGGAACCGCCUGCAUCUGUACCUGAAGUUGUCCCUGAACCUAAGGAUGUACCUGUAUCUGCCACUCCAAGUGAUGAUAUGCCACCUGGCCCUGUACCAGACGCUUCCGGAAAGCCGAAAACUGAUGUGCCACUCCGACGCUCAAACCGAAUCAGGAGACCUCCAGAGAGACUCGUCCUGUGA